AUGAAUCCAAACAUCCCCCCUGGGAAAGUUCUCCUCCUUCUAAGUACUGCCAUGGCCCUGAGUGCGGGAUUAGAGUUUACUGGCUCAGAUGGUCAGUGGGCUCGAUACCUGCGCUGGGAUGCCAGCUCGAGAAGUGACCUGACUUUCCAGUUCAAGACAUCCCAACCAGAAGGCCUCAUGCUCUAUUUUGACGACGGCGGAUACUGCGACUUCUUACUCCUCACCGUGUCUGAGGGCAGGAUGCAGCUUCGCUUCAGCAUCGACUGUGCCGAAACCACCAUUACGUCCGACAAGAUGGUCAACGACAGCCGCUGGCACUUUGCCGCUAUCAACAGGCACAAUUUGCAGAGUGGCCUGGCCGUGGACGGUCAGACCAAGACUGCAGAGGUGCGGCCUCAGCGACAGUUUAUGAAGAUCGUCAGCGACCUAUUCCUCGGGGGGCUCCCAGGAGACAUACGGACGUCUGCCAUCACCUUGCCCUCGGUCCGUGAGCUCCCACCCUUCAAGGGGAUCAUCACCGACCUUAUCUAUGGGAGUAAACUGCCCACACUCAUCAACAGUCAGAAAGUACGCUUAGAAAUGUUAGGCCUUUGCACAGAAAACCCCUGUGAAAAUGGUGGCAUCUGCUCACUGGCGGAUGGAGAAAUGUAUUGUGACUGCUCUAGAACUGGAUUUGUGGGGCGGUACUGCACUGAAGCUGUGCAUAGAACCCCAGGCCUAGCACACCUGAAGGCAGAGCAAGGUAGAAACAAAGCACGGGAUGAAAACGUGGCCACCUUCCGGGGCUCCGAGUACUUCUGUUACGACCUGUCACAGAACCCCAUUCAAAGCAGCAGCGAUGAAAUCACGUUGUCCUUCAAGACUUGGCAGCGCAACGGCCUUCUUCUCCACACGGGGAAAUCAGCAGACUACGUCAACCUGGCGCUGAAAGAUGGGGCGGUUUCCCUCGUCAUCAAUCUGGGUUCUGGGGCCUUCGAGGCCAUCGUCGAGCCCGUCAAUGGAAAAUUCAAUGACAACGCCUGGCAUGAUAUCAAAGUCACACGCAACCUGAGACAGCAAUCAGGCAUUGGACACGCUAUGGUAAACAAACUACAUUGUCUGGUGACAAUAUCCGUUGACGGGAUCCUCACCACCACUGGCUACACCCAGGAAGACUACACCAUGCUGGGCUCUGACGAUUUCUUCUAUGUGGGUGGGAGCCCCAGCACUGCGGACCUUCCUGGAUCUCCAGUUAGCAACAACUUCAUGGGCUGCCUUAAAGAGGUGGUUUACAAGAACAACGACAUUCGUCUUGAACUGUCCCGUCUGGCAAGGAUUGUGGACCCAAAAAUGAAACUUCAGGGCGACGUGGUUUUUAAAUGUGAAAACGUUCCAACCCUUGACCCCAUCAACUUUGAGACUCCCGAAUCCUACCUUGCCUUGCCAAAAUGGAACACCAAACGCGUUGGCUCGAUCUCCUUCGACUUCCGAACUUCAGAGCCCAACGGCUUAAUACUUUUCACCCAUGGUAAACCUCAGGAGCGGCGUGAUCUCAAGUCCCAGAAGACCAACAAGGUGGACUUCUUUGCUGUCGAGCUUCUGGACGGGGUGCUGUACCUGGUGCUGGACAUGGGUUCUGGUACGAUCAAAGUGAAAGCAACACAGGCAAAAGUCAAUGAAGGAAGCUGGCACCACGUGGACAUCCAGAGAGAUGGCCGUUCAGGCAUCAUCUCUGUAAACACCCGCCGGACACCUUUCACAGCUAGUGGAGAAAAUGAGAUCUUAGACCUCGAGGGGGAUCUUUAUCUGGGUGGUCUUCCUGACAACCGAGCAGGAUUGGUGCUCCCCACUGAGCUCUGGACCGCCAUGCUGAACUAUGGCUACGUGGGCUGCAUCCGGGAUCUUUUCAUUGAUGGACGGAGCAAAGAUAUCCGACAGAUAGCUGUGUCCCAGAACACGACCGGUAUCAAGUCUUCCUGCAGUAAGUUGAUGGGGAAACAGUGUGACAGCAACCCUUGCAAAAACAGCGGGGUGUGUAAGGAGGGAUGGAACCGCUUCAUUUGUGACUGCACAGCAACAGGCUUCUGGGACAGCACUUGUGAAAGAGAGGCGUCCAUCCUAUCCUAUGAUGGCAGCAUGUACAUGAAGGUGGUGAUCCCGAAUGUGGUGCACACAGAAGCGGAGGAUGUCUCACUCCGCUUCAUGUCUCAAAGAGCAUUCGGUUUGCUCAUGGCGGCCACAUCUCGCGAGUCAGCAGACACGCUGCGACUGGAGCUGGAGAGCGGAAGGGUCAAACUGACGGUCAACUUAGACUGUGUCAGGAUAAACUGUAACACCAGCAAGGGUCCCGAGGCGCUUUAUGCUGGACAAAAGCUCAAUGACAAUGAAUGGCACUCGGUCCGAGUGGUCCGCCGUGGGAAAAACAUCACACUUGUCGUGGAUGACGACAUGGCUGAAGGCCAGAUGGCAGGCGAUCACACCCGUCUGGAGUUCAACAAUGUGGAGACGGGCAUCCUAACUGAGAGACGCUAUGUGUCCUCUGCGCCCUCUUCAUUUAUAGGUCACCUCCAGAGCCUCAAGUUCAACGGCAUGCAAUACAUCGACAUGUGCAAAAAUGGGGACAUUGACUUCUGCGAACUCAACGCCCGUUUUGGCAUGCGCUUCAUCAUCGCCGACCCUGUGACUUUCAAGACCAAGGGCAGCUACUUGGGCUUGGCCACUCUGCAGGCCUACACCACGAUGCACCUCUUCUUUCAAUUCAAAACCACCUCUUCUGAUGGCUUCAUCCUCUUUAAUAGCGGUGAUGGGAGUGACUUUAUUGCUGUGGAGCUGGUCAAAGGGUUCAUCCACUAUGUGUUUGACCUCGGUAAUGGACCGAGUCUGUUGAAGGGGAACAGUGACAACCCACUGAAUGAUAACCAGUGGCACAAUGUGGUGAUCACACGAGAUGCUUCAAACACGCACACGCUCAAAGUGGACUCCAAGUCGGUCACCCAGAAUGUCAAUGGAGCAAAGAACCUCGAUUUAAAAGGUGAUCUCUUUGUCGGCGGUCUGGGACCCAACAUGUAUCAAAACCUCCCGAAGUUGGUCGUCUCUCGUGAAGGCUUCCAGGGCUGUUUGGCCUCAGUUGAUCUCAACGGCCGCCUGCCGGACCUCAUCAGCGAUGCCCUUUUCCGCAGUGGGCAAAUUGAACGGGGCUGCGAAGUUGGUUUCACCAAAGCCGACCUGCAAGGCCCGAGCACCACCUGCCAAGAAGACUCCUGCGCCAACAUGGGUGUGUGCAUCCAGCAAUGGGAGAACUUCACCUGCGACUGCUCCAUGACGUCUUAUUCAGGGACUCAUUGCAAUGACCCUGGCACCACCUACAUCUUUGGCAAAGGAGGGGGUCUGAUCACAUACACGUGGCCUAAUAACGAAAGGCCCAGCACACGGACAGACCGGCUGGCGGUAGGUUUUAGCACAACCAUCAAAGACGGCAUCCUCGUUCGCGUUGACAGUGCCCCGCGCCUGGGCGACUACAUCAUGCUUCACAUUGAGCAAGGAAAAGUCGGCGUGACCUUCAACAUUGGGACAGUGGACAUCAGCGUUAAGGAGCUGACCACAGCGGUAAAUGAUGGCAAAUACCAUUUGGUUCGAUUCACCAGGAAUGGAGGCAAUGCCACCUUACAAGUGGACAACUGGCCGAUCAAUGAGCACUUUCCUUCAGGCAACAGCGACAUUGAGCGCUUUCAAAUGGCAAAUAAGAAAAUCCCAUUCAAAUAUACCAGGCCAGUAGAAGAUUGGCUGCAGGAAAAAGGCCGUCAGCUCACUAUCUUCAACACCCAAGCGACUAUUUCAAUCGGUGGAAACGACCGUAAGCGGCCAUACCAGGGCCAGCUUUCAGGUCUCUACUACAAUGGCCUCAAGGUCCUCAACAUGGCCGCCGAAGGCCACGUCAAUAUCAAAGUGAACGGGAGUGUUCGACUGGUGGGGGACGUGCCGGCCAGCAGGGGUGCGGCACGCACAACCACCUCAGUGCCGCCUGAGAUGUCCACCACCUUUAUCGAGACCACCACCACCUUGUCUACAACCACCACUCGUAAGCAGCGCUCGCCACCCACAAUCCAGACGACAGAUGACAUUGUGUCAUCAGCCGAGUGCUCCAGUGACGACGAAGACCUGGAAGAGUGCGAUUCCGGACACACAGGAGGGGAGCUAGUCAUCCCCAUCUUAGUGGAGGAUCCCAUAGACAUCCCUUCUGUAUCCACCCGUUCUUCUUUCAUCUCCCUUCCCCCAACCCUCCACCCCCUCCUCACCAUUAUUGAGACCACCAAAGAAUCCUUGGCCAUGGCCACUGAGGCGGGGGUACCUUGCUUGUCGGACCGAGGCGGCGAUGAUUGUGAUGAUGGUGGUGAUGAUGAUGGUGAUGAUGAUGAUGGCAUGGUGAUUUCGGGGUUUGGCUCUGGCGAAGCGUUCGACUCUCGCCUGCCCCCGACUGACGAUGAAGAUUUUGACAACACCUUCUCCCUGGUAACAGAUAAGAUCUUGACCACAUCAACCUAUGACGGCGGCUACAAAGCCCUCGCACCCAAGUGGGAGGCCAAGGACUUGAGGCCUAGCAAAGCCUCUGAGGCAGGUAGGACUACAUCCACCUUGCCGCUACCCAACCCUCGUGGUACGCCAGCUGCGGCGGCCCCCUCGGCCACACUUCCCAAGCUGCCCGCUGGGAAAAUGAACAACCGCGAGGUAAAACCCCCGCAGCCGGACAUAGUCCUGCUUCCGCUCCCCACAUCCUUUGAUCUGGACGGCACCAAGCCGCGGGGUCCUUACAUCACCUCGCCCAUGCUGCGCACGGUGCCCGCCGCCUUACCUACAGUGCCCGGCGUGGUGCGGCGAGUACCGCCGGGGGCCUCGGAGGUAAUACGGGAAUCGAGCAGCACCACGGGCAUGGUGGUGGGAAUUGUCUCGGCCGCCGCCCUCUGCAUCCUCAUCCUCCUCUACGCCAUGUACAAGUACAGGAACAGGGACGAGGGGUCCUACCAGGUGGACGAGACACGCAACUACAUCAGCAACUCGGCGCAAACCAACGGCGCCGUAGUGAAAGAUAAAACGCCAAGCAGCGGUGCCAAAAUCAGCGCCGCAAACAAGAGACCCAAAGACAAGGACAAGGAAUAUUAUGUAUAG